UUCGCCCGUAUCAAUCUGAUCUUGAACUAGUACGGCACCAAUUCCAACGCAGCUCAAUCAGUUGAAUUUGUCCCGCGGACGCAAUCACAGCCAGAAUGACCACGUUGCUGGCGCUGCUUGUGGCAAUCUUGUCCACCGGAGCCGCCACCGAACCCUGCGUGGCCAAAUUCAGCCCCAGCAGCUUCGGAGUGGGGCUGGUGAACGCGACGUUUACCAACGUUUCGUUCUGUUCCUUUUUGGGAGUCCGGUACGCCGAGCCACCGACGGGAUCGCGCAGGUUUAGGAACUCGGUGCUGUACGAUCCGGAAGGGCCACAUAACUACACCACAACUGGAAGCAUCUGUCCUCAGGAGGACAACAUCUGGAACGUCUCGGCGAUCAUCGGGGAUGAAGAUUGCCUGUUCAUGAACAUCUACUCACCGUUGGUGAGGGGAAAUGGGAGUGACUUUGGUGAGUCCAAGUACCCGGUGUUGGUGUUCGUUCACGGUGGAUCUUUCAUCGUGGGAUCAGCUCAGGUGAACAUGAACUCCGGAGUGGAUCUGCUGAUCGACAGUGGAGUCCUGGUGGUGAGUAUCAACUAUCGCUUGGGCGUGCUAGGAUUCCUGCGCUAUCCGGAGUUCAACAUUACCGGGAACUUUGGCUUGAAAGAUCAACGAACGGCGCUGCGCUGGAUCCAGAAGUAUAUCAAGUACUUUGGAGGUGAUCCACAACGGGUGACCUUGAUGGGUCAUAGUGCCGGAGGUGGAUCCGUCACGUUUCAUUUGUACGCCGAUAGCUCGCGAGGACUGUUCCAGCAGGUAUUCCCCCUCGGUGGAUCUAUGCUAGCUCCGUGGGCACUGCACUACGAUCAUCGAGAAGGUUACGAGAGAUUUCUUUCGAAACUCAACGCUACAUCACUGGAGGUACUUGAGCAAAUCGAUUUCAAAGACUUUUUCGCGAGAACUGACGAGGAUUACGUCGUGUACUGCACGAUGGCGUACCAAGGAAAUCUGCCAACUUUGGAGGACCCAGAUGAUCCGGAUGCGUUCAUAACAGUUUCACCCACCGAGCAAGUUCUGAGCUACAACAGCAACAGUGACAUUCCGGUUCUGAUGGAACAAACCGCUACCGAGUUCGAACUCCUUCUCUACUAUGCCAACUUCUUCUUUAUGGGAAGUAACUUCCCCCACGAAUCGCUGCAACCAGUUCACAGCUCUAUCAAGCGAUUUGUAGCGUUCAAGGCAUUCCUAAGCAAGGAUCCGGACUUUUACCGGAAGCUCGCCAACAUCGCCAACCUGUACUAUCCGAUGAAGCGACUGUUACGACACCUCUCGGAGCACAAUCAAGCUCCAAUCUACUACGCACAGUUUGAGUUUGACGGAAAAUUCGGAUACUUCAAGCAUGACUUCUACAAGACCCGCAUCAACGGGUCAAAGUACGGUGCGGUUCAUGGCGACGAGCUGGGUUACAUCUUUUCGCCGCACGAACUUCGGGAAGCGCUGGACGGGAGGGACGAUUUUCGUCAGGAGUGGAAGGUUCACGAGGGGACCGUCGAGCUGGUGGCGAACUUUGUGAAAUAUGGGAACCCAACUCCAAAAGCAAGCAAGCUGACCAACUUGGUAUGGCCUCCGUACAACUCUGGAAACUCAACCCAUCGACCGUAUUUGAACAUUGAUAAGACGUUCGAAAUCAGGUCGGAUUCCGAUUCCGAGAAUGACAUCAUUGUCAUGUGGGAAAGGAUUUACGACUGUUUGUACUACUCGACGUGUGACGAGCUUAAGAACGAAACAGCACGUUUAGAUAAUCUGCUCAGCUUCAUCAACAAUGUAAUUGGAGAUGAUUAAACUAGAAGAAACCUUUUUCACAGCAUCAAAUUAUUCACUUCCACGUAACAAAGCUGCUACUACAAAAGCCCUCCCCAACUCACGUUGGUUGCCAUAGUGCGCGCGGUGGUUUUGAUCCCUUUCGUCGGAAGUUGGUGCGGAUUCUUCCGGGAAGCUACGCGUACGUGCUUGAACGAUGAAACAUGCUGGAUUAGCUCGAGCGUGAUAGACCUAAUGUGAGAUAAAUUGCUCUGUAACUUUUGUUCAUUUCGCUGCUUCCCUGCUGCGGGAGAGUCCUUCAGCACCCUUGUGAAAUAGCUUUUAAUUUGUCGGAAAACAGUUGUGUAGAAAAUUAUGUCUAAUGAAAUUAAAAGCUAGAGUUACUUAAA